AUGGACCUGCAGUACUCAUCGGACUCGGAGAGCGAUACUCAGGAACCCCUAAAACCGCCAGAGAGCUUUCUUUUCAAAUACUCGGAAACUCCCGUUUUUAGACGCAAGGAGACGUCCACUAAGAGAACGUCGCACAUAUAUCUGCAUAUACCCUUGUCGGAUGAACAGUACGCGCUUCUGCAUUCGCUGGCUCAAAAGUUCUGGGACGAACUGAGCCAGCGCUGUGUGCUCAACGAAUCGGUCACUUUGCAGGAAACCCUGUUUGACGAGCUCACAGAGACUCCCAAAAGUCUUCAUAUUUCCCUGUCAUAUAACCUGACUUUUGAAGACGAUCAAAAACUCAGAGAAUUUAUUGCCUUGCUGGAGGAAAACCUGCCAUUGAGGACUCCGUUGAUGGUUGGGUUUUCCGGCGAAAUCAGACUGCUCCCCAGUCUAGACAAAUCCAAGCAGUUUGUUGCCCUGAUUGUGGACCAGGAAACACGCAAUAAGCUCAGGAGCACGGUGGAACUGAUAAAUCACCACGUUCCUGGCAACAGAGACGGCGACAACAAUAUCCGAUACGACCCAGACCUUCUUCACUGCACUAUCGGCGAGAUACACCAGAAAGAUUUGCAAUUCAGCGCACACCUACAGCCAGUCACGCUCGCUGCUGCCAGUGUCAUGGCCUCGCAGGGGAGGAGAAAAACACCCUUGCACCAGAAGGAAGCACGAGGCGAGAAAAAACCAACGCAACAAGCCACAUAA